AUGGCGUCAGAACAGAGCCAACCCCGCAAGACAAGAAGAACAGCCAACGCAUAUCUCCAGGAUCUUCAAAAGCAAGUAGAGGAAUAUCAGCGCUCACCAUCAAACACAAUCCUUGAUGGCAGACAAAAUACAGAAACACCGUUCAUCUACCGUUCACCUCCCUCAGCGACUAUACCUUCCGCCCCUCCGCCAUACCGCUCUUCCAUAGAAGUAUCAUCCGCUCAGUCCCACGCGCCGUACUGCUCUCCGUCUAUAUCCCAGCCUCACUCCUUUUCUCCCGGUCUCAAACGCACAAGCGAUGCAGCUUUUACCGAUGUCAAUGGUGAGUGCGGAGUCGAUAUCAGCCUUGCUUCUCCUGCGCUCACGGUAGAAGGCUCGCAUUCACAUCAACAAUCUGAGUCUAACGCUGGUAACAAAGGUCCAUCGUCAUCGUAUCAGCAGCAAGGCGAGUCGCCGUUGAGUAUAUGGCCUAGCGCGUUUACCAUUCCAUCCAAAAUUAUCAAGAAUACACGGAAGAACAGACGAACUUGGAUCUGGUUGGCGCCUUGGUCAACAUGGUCCUUUACAUUACGACUGAUGCUCAUGCUGGGUGAUAAACUACAACCAGGAGGAAACUUGAUCCCACCGCAGCUGAUAGAAGACGACGUAUACACCUUGUCAUGGAACAUCCGCCCACCACAUGAAAAGCCCGAUGUCACUGGACUACCAUCUCUCGACCACGCGAUUUAUCUGUUCCACACCUUCAAGUUCCACCUAGGCCAAACAUACCGCCUCUUUGAUGAGGUAGAAUUCGUGAACGAAAUCCGUGAUUUCUACUCAGAUGCGCAGAGCAAGGCAGAGGAGAGCCGCCUCUGGUAUGUCAAGUUUCUCUUGAUUCUGGCCUUUGGUACGGCUUUUCACUCAUCCCAGUGGAUGCCCUCCACCGAACCCCCCGGCUCUAAAUUCUUUGUGAGAGCUAUGGGUCUCAUGCCGGAUCAUACUGCGCUUUGGAAGGAUAGUUUACUUGCUAUUGAGGUUUUGGCGAUGGUAGGGUUGUAUCUUUACUCUAUCGACGAGAGGGAAUCUGCGCAUGUAUACCUUGGCCAGGCCAUCAGAAUAGCUCAAUUAGAAGGUUUGCACACACAGCUACCAGACAGCGAACUCGGUAGUGAAACAGUUACUCGGUGUCGCGAUUUGUGGUGGACCUUGUAUAUUAUGGACCGACACUUUUCUUCUUCUCUGGGACUACCCAUGUCAGUACAGGAUAGUGACAUUUCGACACCAGUUAAUCCCCCCAACGUGGGGUCUCAAGAUGAUAGCGCUCGAAGUCUGCAGGUGAACCUGUCUCACCUAUUAUCAGUAAUUUUAACAAUCCUCAAAGAGCGCCUUGAUAUCCUUGGCCAACCCGGUGCUGAGAACUCGGAAGCCUUUCUCGGACAGACAGCAGCCGUGAUAUCGACAGGCAUUAAAUCGGCCGUCAAGACGCUCCAGAUCCUGACCAGCGAAUACAAUCUUCUCGAGGUCUUUUUACCCUACGAUAUCGAAUUUACCUUUGGUGCCGCUCUCCACCUCAACAUGGCAACAGCAUUAUUCCCCGGCGUCGCCGAUGAUCAAAACAGCCGGCAUUUAGUCCACCAACUUCUAGACAACAUGAUCGCUCGAGGAAACCGCUUAGCCAAAGUUCGAAAACAAGAGCUUGUGUAUCUCGAGUCGCAGUGUCAGGAACUCGUCACGCAGGUACAGCAGCAGGGACUACAGACGCUGUCUUUAGCGGUGACGGAUGAAGCAACUUCGGAGUCGGUUGGGAAAGUGGAUGAGGACAGGCUUUUGACUACGGAUAUGGAAGAGGGGACGAGUGAUUUGGACUUUUUGGAUAAUAUUGGGAUUUCGUCGGAGGAGUUUAUGGCGAUUGUGCAGCAGAUUGGGGAUCCGGAUAUUAUGCCGGAGAAUAUGCUGACUUUGGAGUGA